AAUCCUCUCAUCCGGCCGGCUUGACCCGCCCAAGGGUCGAAUCAUCAUGCGGGUUCUCUGAAAUCAAGUCUCCUCUCUCACGCCACUAUUACAUGCGAUCCUUUCUCCAAGUUCCCUCUCACAUGUCUUGAAGCUGGCGAUAAAAGACACAAGUAAACCAGUAAACUUGUCACCCAAACAAACAUGGCCAAGAACCAAAAGGUCGUCGUGGUCGGCGCCGGCCCCGUCGGCUCUUUGGCUGCGCUCUAUGCAGCACAGCGCGGGUACGAGGUUGAGAUCUACGAGUUGAGAGCCGACCUUAGAGACCCCACAACAACUCUCUUAAACUUCACCCGUUCCAUCAACUUGGCGCUUUCCGAGCGCGGCAUCAACGCCAUGCGCAAUGCUGGCCAACCAAAGUUACUGGAACAUGUCUUUGGCGCCACCAUUCCUAUGCGGGGACGCAUGAUUCACGGCAGGACCCCGAAAGGUGAUCUGUACGAGGCUUCGCAGGACUACGAUGUCCACGGCAGAGCCAUCUAUGCCGUGGACCGCGCCGGCUUGAAUAAGCGCAUGCUCGACAUCCUUGAAGAGAUGCCGAAUGUCAAGUUCUUCUUCAGCCACAAGCUCACUGGCGCAGACUUCAAGAAGUGCAAGGCUUGGUUCGAGGACAUGACCUCCGGGUCGGCUACCGGCCGCGCCAAAGAGAUUGAGAUUGACUUUGACUUUAUGAUUGGCGCCGAUGGCGCACACUCCGCCGUCAGAUACCACCUGAUGAAGUUUGCUCAGAUGAACUACAAGCAAGAGUACAUCGACACCCUCUGGUGCGAGUUUCAGAUCAAGCCUGCCAAAGCUUCAUCACCGGACGGCAAGCCGCAAUUCAGAAUCUCACCAAAUCAUCUGCAUAUCUGGCCUGGCAAGGAGUUCAUGUUCAUCGCCAUACCCAGUGAUGAUGGCUCCUUUACCUGCACGCUAUUCCUCCCCAACAACCAAACGGAGGCUCUUGAACAAGAUCCGUCGAGUCUACCAGCCUUCUUCGACAAGCACUUCCCAGGUGUAACAGACCUGAUCCCAGCCGAAGACCUUAUCGAGUCCUUCAAGCGGAACCCCCACCUGCCCCUGAUCAGCAUCAAGUGCAGCCCCCACCACUACGACGCCUCCGCCGUCCUCGUCGGCGACGCCGCGCACGCCAUGGUCCCCUUUUACGGCCAGGGCAUGAACGCCGGCUUGGAAGACGUCCGCAUCCUCUUCUCCAUCCUUGACAAGCACCGUCGGCUAGCGGAAGCCCAAGCCAACGACCCGUCGGGAAGCCAAGCAGACGCCGCGGGCACCUACGCGGCCGUCGCCUACCACCGCGGCGCGGCGCUGGCCGAGUACACGGCGAACCGCGUGCCCGACGCACACUCCAUCAACGACCUGGCGCUACAAAACUACGUCGAGAUGCGCGCCUCGGUGCUCUCACCACGCUACCGCCUGCGCAAGUGGCUCGAAGAGAAGAUGUCGGUGUACGCUCCCGGGCUGGGUUGGCAGACAAAGUACUCGCGCGUCAGCUUCGGCAACGAGCGGUACUCUGAGGUCGUGGCCAAGAGCGACCACCAGGGCCAGGUGCUGAUGAAGACUUUCGAGGCGCUGGUGUGCAGUCCGCUCGUCGUCGGGGCCGUGUUCUUGUGGUGGAAGAGGCCGAGGGUUGUUGUUGGUGCUGUGCAGUGUGUUUUGCGGUAUUUGCUGCGGACGACGGAGGCGUGAGGUGCGAUGUGAUGUGAUGACUCCUGUUUUGAAGGUUGAAUUUUGUAGACUGUACUACCAACGUGAAGACUCUAAACACAAUAUACCCGCCGUAUGGCUGAACCGCUCUUCCUAGAAGAAACCUGACAAAUAACAACUGAUUCGUGGUCCAGCUUGACGAUGACUUACGUUUUCUUGUCAAACUUGCAAGCGGGUAAAUUAUGUGAGAGUGAAUACUGGCUUCAAGGUAGGUCACAUUGCGAGCCCUCAAAACUAAGGUAAGUAUAGUCAUUGACACAGCCCACUCUCAAAUUUACAAUCUUUGACUGUUCUGGAGGCUUCCUGCUCUUCUCUCAAUAAAUCACUUUGUGCUUGACUAACCAGGGGUAAACCAUAUCAUUAUUUAGAGCCAUUAGGGCUUGACAUGGUAAACAUCAAGACGGUAUCAAAUCACGCUCACGGUCUCCGAUGGACAUAUAGCCUUUAGCUUCACACAAAUCCAGC